AUGCCUAUGCGCCUACCCUCGCUCAUCAAUCUCCGCCGCCCCGCCGACGCGACUCUCACACCGGAAGACAUCUUUGGCUCAUCGCUAGGCGGUAUUUUCACAGACGACCUGCAGAACCAGCACGGAGAUAACCCAGAAACCCUCAUUCUAUAUCAAAAUCACAGGUAUGGCGAGCUGGAAUUGAGGACGGCCGACUUCAAUGGCGAGGAGCAAAGGCGCAAGUUUGCCCACUACUUGUGGAAUGCCGGUAUCAUGAUGGCAGAGUUGGUCACUGGACGGCUUAGGGAUGAAGAAGAGGAGUCUUUUAAGAAGACGGAACACGACGAGUUCACACGCUGGGAGAAUGGCCAGUGGUGGACUAGUGAAGAAGAGGAGGAAAAAUGGAGUGUCAAGGGCGAGUCGGUAUUGGAGUUGGGCGCAGGUGGGUUGGAUUGA